AUGACCCUCUGGAGCAGCAUAAAACCCUUCUGGCCCCUACUCUUCACAUUCAUCCUCCCAAGGGCACUCGCCUAUUACCGCGCUUUGAAAGUCGCGUACCGAACACGCCCUCCCCCACGGCCCCUGGACAGCAAAACAACACGCGGCCUCAACGCGCUGUUCGGAUCGAUAUGCACGUUUCUCUACGCCUCGUGGCCGAACCUGCGCGGCGACCUUAGCGAGCAUAACGUCUUCGUGGUCACGCAGAGCAGGCUCGGUGUUGCGACGGAUGUGCUCUUUGAGAGGCUGGCGCUGUUGAGGGAGGGGAGGCGGCUCAUGCCCGUGGACGAGGCGCUACGGGCGAAGCUCACGUCGCCGGCCCUCCGCCAACUCUACCUCCGCUUUGGCCCCUCAACCCUCCUGGGAUGCCAAUUCUGCCACCCCGACGAUACCCUUUCGUACCUCCUCUACCACCUCCCCACGCACGCCGUCCUCCCGCACCUCUUCCACAUCUUCACCCUCGGCCUCGCCACCUCCGAGCCGGUGGCAGGCUACGAAGCCAGCACCUGGCGACAGGGCACCGUAUUGUGCGCCCUGAUCCUCGCGGCCCUGGACGUGUUUCUAACGACGACAUACGCCCCCAUUGUACCGCCCACGACGACCGCCCCAGGGGGAACCUUCUGGGUGGGAUCCUCGCUCCGAUACUUGUGCCUUGUGGCCUUUGAUGUGGGGGUGGCGGGUCUUAUCUACGCCCACGCCACGCGCCGGUUCUGGUUGUUCCCCGUGAUCAGCAGUGGGAAUGCAGACCCCGAACUCAGCCGCCGCAGGACCGAGGAGACUGUCACGCAGGCGACGCUGGCGUUGCAGGUGGCGGGGACGAAUUUGAGGGCGUACAGUAUUGCGCGGAAUGCUGUGGUAAGGGAUCCCACCUUGAAGGGCGUGGAUGAUGACUAUUGGCGGACUGUGGUCGCGGUGGAGGGGAAGGGGGACGAGAGUGUAUGGGCGGAGGAGGAGGUUCAGGCGGCGAUCGCCCGGGCAUAUGGGAGUGGUGGUGUGGAUGUUGAGGGUGUGAGGAGGGAAGCUGAGGCGUUUGUUAGGCAUGCUACGAGGGCGUUGGAUGGGGGCGCAACCACGGGAGGGAGAUAG